UCUCUCUCUCUCUCUCUCUCUCUGUCUGCCUGCCAGCUGAUGCUGACUGGAGGUGAAGCGGUUUUUCUCUCCCCUCAUCAUCCCGGGGAAACCUGGACGGACGGACCGACUGACCUAGCGUUUGUAUCUUGACACCGGCCAGUUCAUGGUGAUGACAGCGGGAGGAAACUGGUAAUGUGAAGAACACAAACGGAAGUGGGGAGAGAAAGCGGACACAGACCGAGACGGUGCACUGUAACGCAGAGGGAAACGCAACAACUUCGAGCGGACGUGCACCUCGGGGCGCCUUGCGGGGAGCUGUUGCCAACACAAAGGUGGGUGUUAAACUCCCUCCUCUCGCGUUCGGUCAGACAUGGACUUCCCGGAAGACUUCCUGCUGGCCGAGCUCAGUCAGCUGCAGCUCUACAACGACUCGCUCUUCCAGAACAACUUCAGCUCUGCCUACAACGAGACCGACGCCUUGCUGCCGACGGGGGUGAAGGUCACCAUCGUGGUCGUCUACAUGAUCGUCUGUGUCAUCGGCCUCGUGGGAAACUUCCUGGUCAUGUAUGUCAUCAUAAGGUACACAAAGAUGAAAACGGCCACUAACAUCUACAUCUUUAACUUGGCUCUGGCUGACUCUUUGUUCCUGGCUACGUUACCAUUCCAGGGCACGGACGUGUUCCUGGGCUUCUGGCCGUUCGGUAACGCUCUGUGCAAGGCCGUGGUGUCGAUCGACUACUACAACAUGUUCACCAGCACCUUCACCCUGACAGUGAUGAGCAUGGACAGAUACGUGGCCGUCUGCCACCCUGUCAAAGCGCUGGACAUGAGGACUCCUCACAAGGCCAAGGUGGUGAAUAUCUGUGUGUGGGUGUUGGCUUCGGCCUUUGGUGUCCCUGCUAUGGUCCUGGGAAAUGUAGAGGAGGAACAGGAGCAUAACAGUGUUGAGUGCAUUGUGGUUUUACCUGAACCCAGGAGUCACUGGGAUCCUGUCUUCGGCACCUGUGUCUUCCUCUUCUCUUUCCUCAUCCCUGUUGCUAUCAUCAGCAUCUGCUACAGCUUGAUGGUGAAGCGCCUGCGCAACGUUCGUAUCCUCUCUGGCUCCAAGGAAAAGGACCGCAACCUGCGGCGCAUCACCAGGAUGGUCCUGGUGGUGGUGGCAGCAUUUGUUGUCUGCUGGACCCCAAUUCAGAUCAUGGUCCUGGCUCAGUCGCUGGGCUUCAACCUGAGCAGUUUGUUCACGUUGGUUCUGAUGCACUUCUGCAUUGCGCUGGGCUACGUCAACAGCAGCUUGAAUCCUGUGCUCUACGCCUUCCUGGAUGAGAACUUCAAGCGCUGCUUCCGCGAGUUCUGCAACCCAUCUCCAUUCCGCCUUGACACGCAGCAGUCCGGGAGGAUGAGGAGCAUUGCUAGGGAGGUGGCAGCGGCGUACAGCUGCAAGGCCGGAGAUGGAGGGGGGCCCGGGGGAGGGACACCUAAUCCAGCAUGACUAGGCGUGGAGCUCCCCUUGGUGGGGGUAGACCCCCAACAGAGGCGAGAGACUCAGGGGACAGGGAACUCCAACACAGAACUGACUCAGAUUACAGCUCUCUAGCGGCACGAGCCCCCCCGCCCCCCAACUAGAAGACUGGCCUGGGGUGGGGGGGAGGGAGAUGAUGAGGAGAAUGGAGUCGAAAGGAAAAGAAUUUAAGAAUUAGCAGAGGGAUGACACAGAUAAAGGACUCAUGGGUUGCUUACACAGGUGGAGGGGAUAAGAUGCACUGAAAGCUUUAAUGGAAGUGGACAUCUUCAUAGAAGAUGGUGGCCCAUAUGGGAGGUUGAACCACUGUGGAUCCUGGAUCUUGGAAUGAUUAUGGCCCUGACCCCACUGAGGUAACAAAAAUCAGAUGUACUGAUGUUGGGAAACCUCAGUCAGACUGGCAAAGGGAUGCAACUAUGCUGAGGUGGACAUGAACACAAAACAGCUGACGGCAUUAUCUGAUACUUAUUGUAGCGCUUAAAACAACAGCCUUACCUACAGAAACUGGAUCUGCCAACUGAAGCUGUUAUGUAGUUGCUGCAUCUCUAUACAGAUGCCCAACUCUGGUCUUGGGUGAUGAUUAGGCAGGGGUCGUGACUGGGAAUUGGAGAGAGCAUAUAACCAACACAGGAUUAAUAGUGGGAGCCAUAGAUACUAAAAUUUCUGAAAGCUACUUUGGUUAUUGUAAAAAUGAUAUAUAUAUGUGGAAUAUCUGGCACUAAGGACCACAGACUGAAGACUUGCCAAGGAAGACAAAAGCUUUCUGGAAGUGUGACAUGGAGAAUGAACACUUUCACUACAGUUUAUUAUAUCCUGAUCAGCUGAUGAACUUUUUCCCUCGAGGGGGAGGCGGUGGACAAAAUUUUCUGUCUCCCACACUGAUCUCAGUAUGGAGUCUUAUGUUGUGAUGGUUUCUCUAAAAAUGGAUCUACAUGGUGAUAAUAUGCUGCUGAGCCCUUUUCAGGACUUAAAUGGGCACACAGUGUAAUGUGACAUUUGAUAAUGUAGACAGGAAGUGAGGCGUAAUGUAAACAGCAGUUGUCGUAAAGAAAAGAACAAUGUGCAACAAGCUGCUUUUGAACAAUGUUUCUUAAACUGUGUCCAUGGACCCAGAAUGGGUCACAUGAAUGUUAUUUCUCAUAGGAGCAACAUUUUUCAAUGUGUCCUGCAACAAAACAAGCCUGAGUAAUCCUGUCCUAAAACACGUUUCUUAGAGUUUGUGUGGUUUUUGAAAACUUUAUACGAUCACCUGUUGGGUGUCGGAAA